AUGUCGACUUCGAACACAGACGCCGAUGUCGCCUUGCCGCAUGCCUCAUUGCUCGCAUACUUCCGUGGCCCAUCAGCUGUUCAAAAAGUGACCGAUAGCGGUAUCCUAUCCAGUGACAACAGCCAUGGUACCAACGCGCACCAACUGCUCCAUCCGCCGACCGAUGACGAUGACGACGACGAAGAGUCGAGAAUAGGCUUCUGGGGCGAAGUGGAUGGACCUACCAGCUCGUCUGGAUCAUACUCAUUCGGCGAAAGCAGAUCAGCUUGGCGAGGAGCAGCCGCCUUCUGCUGUCUUUGGUGUGCAUUCUCGGUCAUGAUCCUCGGCGCCUUUAGCCUCUAUUUCGCUGUCAACCUUGUCCUCGGCCACUACGGACUGGGUACUGGGAUGGCGGAGUGGGUCAUGUACAGACAACAGCUCCCACCGAGCAACAUCCGCGGCGCCUGGCAUUACCUGAAGGCAAGCACCGACAACCGUUGCACUACUGAUACCAUCGACUUCAUUCUCAAUCCAAAGGAAGCAUGGAAGGUUCAGCCAGAUGCGAUUCUGCUCGUGAAGGACGACGUGUCAUACCUGGAUCAGCGUGAACAGACUCGGGCACCCGCUAUCUCCCGAGAAGAACCACAAGCUCCUAAGCUGGGUGACGAUGUUGCAGAAGAGGGUCAAUUGGGCCGAACAGUUUGA